UCUCACAUAGUGCUCUGCUUAGUCCUCUGAGAUAAGUACUGCUAUCCUCCCUUUUCGGGUGAGAAACCCGGAUUGUUCCCAGUUUUGCCAAUCUCGGUCGCCCCAGAUUUGGCUUCUCCCGACACAGAGGAGAGUUCACCUUCGCCCUCCUCGCGAUAUUCCCGGGGCCAAAUUCCCAGCACCUGAAUCCCACCUCCCAGUGCACCGGUCGGGCCGGGGAGGCCGGCAGGGAGCGGGACUCGGCCCCGGCGCGGACCAGGCGCCCGCGGCUGAAGGCUUGUCCCUCGCGGCCCAGCCAUGGAGCGGCCGGCGGCGGGCGAGGUGCACAUGAGCCAGGCCAUCCAGCCCGCGCACGCCAACUCCCGCGGCGAGCUGAGCGCGGGGCAGCUGCUCAAGUGGAUCGACGCCACCGCCUGCCUGGCGGCUGAAAAACAUGCUGGGGUUUCCUGUGUAACAGCUUCCGUGGAUGACAUACAAUUUGAGGAGACAGCUAGAGUUGGACAAGUUAUAACCAUCAAAGCGAAAGUUACUAGAGCAUUUAGCACAAGCAUGGAGAUUCAUUUAAAACCUGUCACACUUCUAACUGAACAAGAUCAUGUGGAACAUAAUCUGGCUUCUGAGAGAAGGAAAGUUCGAUUGCAACAUGAAGAUACCUUUCAAAACCUGGUGAAAGAAAGUGGCAAGUUUGAUGAUCCCGUUUGUGAUGAAGAGGAUGGAAUGGUUUCCACGAGGGGCACCUCUGUUCAGAGUAUCGAGCUCGUCCUCCCACCCCAUGCGAACCAUCACGGAAAUACAUUUGGUGGCCAGAUUAUGGCUUGGAUGGAGACGGUGGCUACUAUUUCUGCAAGUCGCCUCUGUCGAGCUCAUCCUCUUCUGAAGUCUGUGGACAUGUUUAAGUUCCGGGGACCAUCGACAGUUGGAGAUCGUCUUGUCUUCAAUGCCAUUGUCAACAAUACAUUUCAGACCUGUGUCGAAGUGGGAGUACGCGUGGAGGCCUUUGACUGCCAGGAGUGGGCUGAGGGCCGGGGCCGUCACAUCAACAGUGCUUUUCUCAUUUAUAAUGCUGUCAAUCAUAAGGAAGAACUGGUCACAUUUCCUAGAGUCAAACCCAUGUCAAAGGAUGAUUUUAGACGGUAUCAUGGAGCUAUUGCACGCAAGAGAAUUCGCUUAGGCAGAAAAUAUGUUAUUUCCCACAAAGAAGAGGUUCCACUUUGCAUACGCUGGGAUGGUAGUGACCAGGCAUCCCUGAGUGAGGACAAUGUGGAAGCUUUCAAAAAGCUGGUGGCCAAAAGUGGUUGGGAGGUGACCAGUGCUGUGGAAAAGAUAAAAAUAUAUACUCUGGAAGAGCGUGAUAUUUUAUCUGUUUGGGUUGAAAAACAUGUGGAAAAACCAGCACACUUGGCUUAUCAUCUCUUGUCUGACUUUACCAAGCGACCUUUGUGGGACCCCCAUUACGUGUCUUGUGAAGUCGUAGACUGCGUGAGUGAAGAUGAUCAAAUAUAUUAUAUCACUUGUCCUAGAGCGAAUGGUACGAAACCCAAAGACUUGGUAGUACUUGUAUCAAGGAGAAGGCCUCCCAAAGACAGUGACACUUACAUGGUCGCAGUGAAGUCGGUUAUUCUGCCAUCAGUCCCACCUUCUCCCCAGUACAUCAGGAGUGAAAUCAUAUGUGCCGGAUUUCUCAUCCAUGCUACUGACAGCAGUUCGUGCACUGUAUCUUAUUUUAAUCAGAUUUCUGCUAGCAUCUUGCCUUACUUUGCUGGAAAUCUUGGUGGCUGGUCAAAAUCCAUUGAAGAGACAGCAGCCUCCUGUAUACAAUUCAUAGAGAAUGCUACUGAUGAUGGGUUGAUAAGCAUAUUUUAAAUGGUAAACUUUCAAUUAUCUGUAAUUUGAUUAUCCACUUUUAAUUCCACGCACCCUUAGCCCUGACACUUGGCAAGCUUUUGGGCCACAAAAGAAUUUACUGUUGGCCUAAGCAAAAUACAGUUAGGAAGAGGUUAAAAAACAAAGUACAUCUCAGGUCAAACACCAUUGAUUUGGAUUAGCAUUAAAGGAGCUUUAAAACUGUUUUAGGUCAUCUGUGGCUCUGCUCCCUUCCAGGAGCACAGGCAAAAUAAAACUGCCCAUAUGCAAUAUUGUGUGUUCUAUAAAAUGGUAGAAAUUUGGUUAAAAUGAUCACGAACAUUUUUAGGCUACAGAGGUGAAGCAUGCUCUGUUUGAAAUUUUAUAAAAUUUUAUAAAUCAAAAAUGAUAAGUUGGCUAAUUGAUUGAUAGUGUGGGAUUGUUCCUUGUACAGCAGGUAUCUGUACGUCAGAAGCAUCUGACAAGAUGUAUUACAUGUUUUAGAGCUUUAAAUUAGGAAGACAUUAAAACCUAAUAGAAUCCAAUCAAUUUUAGUAAUAGGAACUACUUUACUAGUGUCAUUUAACAUAUAUUCAAGGUGGAUGACCAAUUUAGUAUCUAUUGCUACAUACACACGAAAAGUACCUGCAAAAUGUGAUAUUGCAGAGAAAGAAUAUUAACUGAGCUCUUCUUUCAUAACCAUUACAUCAGCACUUUAUUCCCUAGACUUUGACAUUCAUUAUUCUGCUCUGUGAUUUGUCUUAACUCAUAGGGCAAACCAGUGUAUGUCAAGUUAGCUCCUCUGCAGGGUAACUUUUAAAAGUUGAAGGACUUCUCCAUUAGUUUAGAACACUUAAGAGUAGAUACAUCCUGUUGUUAGUCAAAUCUCUACCUCUGCUCAGCAAAUCUUACAGCUCUCUGUUAAAAACGCAAUCGGUUCCUAAGCCCUUCUAAUCAACUCCACCACUACCACCCUAAUACAAAACACCGUCUUCUCUCAUCUGGAUCAUAACCUUUCCAUUUGUUAUUGCUUCUCCCUUCACUCUGCUCUCAACCCAGCAGUCAGAUGAUAGAUUUCUUUUCAAAACCCAUGAACAAUUUUACGUAUCACAGAGUAAAAGCUAACACCUUGUAAUGGUUUAUAAGGCUCCAUGUGGUAUAUUAGAUUAUUUUUCUGAAAUACUCACUCCGUCACCACUAUCCCCAACCCCAUGAAUCGAGUGCACUAUUCUACUUACUGCCUCUGAGCUUGACCAUGUAACUCAUCAAUAAACUGUUAGCAGACAUGAUGCAACCAAAGGCUUGAAGUGUUUUGCAAAUGGACUUGCCCUCUUACAUCUCUGCCACUGUCAUGAGAAAAAACAUGUCAGGGCUAGCCUGCUGGUCCCAGGAAAAGGAGAGACAUGUGGAACACAGCUGCUUCAUCUGAGCCUAGUUUAGAUCAGCCAACCCCACACCAAACCUCAUGCAGAGGUGAGCAAGCCCAGCUGAGAUUAGCAGAGCUGUCCAGGUAAGCUCAGCCUAGCUCUGACCACAGGUAUGUGCUAAGUAAAUGCUUAUUGUAUUCUGAGAUUUUGUGGUUGGUAUGCAGCAGAAACUAACUGGUAGAACCUGUAAACUAUGACACAUUAACUAUCUGAUCUUCCACUAGUUUAUCCCUCACUUUUUUCCAGUCAUAUCAGCCAGCAUAUGUCAAGUUAGCUUAUAUCUUUGCCUUUUUCAACUACCCAGGCAUGCUCCUUUCUCAGUGAAAUUGCAUUUAUCUAUUACCUCAAGUCAAGAUACCCAAGAUUUACCCCCUAUAUCCCUCCCUGGAUACCUAUAAAAUGGAGUAUUAUGGAUGAACCUUGAAAACGUUAAGUAAAGGAAGCUAGUUACAAAAGACUACAUCUUUCUGCCCCUCAAAGAUGGCAAAGAUGGCCUGUUCCCUUUCUAGGAGCUUUGACUAACCAUUCCCUCACCCUAAAUGCUCUUCCCCACUAUCUUCUCAACUGGUUCCUUCUUGUCAUUCAGAUUUCAGCAGAAAAAUCUCCCCAGGCCUUCCCUUGAUUAUCCAAUCUAAAGUAGAAUACAUAGUCACUUGCAUCAUCUCUGUUAAUUGCCUUUACAUUUGUUCAUUUAGUUCAUUCAUUCACUCCACAAAAGUGACUGCUUCUUAGGUGCUGAGUACUUCUUGGAUAUAGUAAUGAGCGAGGGUCAAAAUAACUGCCCUCAUGUAACCUAUCAUCUGGUCGAAAGGGACAAAUAGUGUUAGGUAGGGAUAUAAACUAUGAAGAAAAUUUAGAGUUAAGAGAAUGACUAGGUACUGGGAUGAGGAAGGAUCUGUUUCCUAUAAGGUUAGUUAGACAAAGACUAUCGAGCAGA